GUAAAUUUUCAUUUAAUUUAAUAUAAAAUAAAAACAAUUCUGUAAAAUCAAAAUAAGAAGAAGUCAUUGAAGAGCCCCGUCUGCUGUUCCUGAGACCACCUAAAAUCGCUAACCUCCCAAACAUUGGACCUCCGAGCCGGAAGCUAUCAACCAGCGCCAGGAUCAGCAAGAAACGUGUCGAGCACGUGUCGCAUGGUGCGCACGGCCGCCAUUACGUGCCAACAACGAGUUUCGGGAAUAAACUGUAAGUGCUUUACAUUCUCUCACACACACCAUGGCUACUCCUAAAGCAUCAGUGACUCCAAUUUCUUUAACAGUCGAUUUAAACGAUCCGCGUGUCUUGACGCAAAGACGAGGCACACUCAAGGGUAAACUCACGUUGUUCGCUAAAUAUGUCGCUACGCUUAAUAAGGCUAAUUUAACGAAUAUACAAAAAGUCGAGUUACAAUUACGCAUAAAUAAUGCCGCGAGUUAUUAUCAAGAUUUCGAUGUCGUUCAAACUAGAAUCGAGGAGUUAGCAGAGUCGAGUGAUCUCCUUAAACAUUUAGAAUACCGCGAAGAGUUCGAGGGGCAAUAUUAUCAGACAGUGGCCGCAGCGUCCGAAUUAGCUGACGUUGGCAACAGUCCCGCUGUUGCUAACGGCAGCGCCGCUGCCCCUGCCAGCGCAGAUUCCGUAGGCUAUAAGGUUAAAUUACCUACAAUAUCACUCCCCACCUUCGACGGUUCGUACGAGCAUUGGUUAGGUUUUAGGGACACGUAUACUUCUCUGAUACACGAUUCUAAGGACCUGGGUGCCAUACAAAAGUUUCAUUACCUACGCGCAGCCUUAACCGGCACCGCUUUGCAAGUAAUUAAGUCCUUGGAAUUUUCAGCAGAGAACUAUACGACCGCGUGGGAGCUUCUCGAAAACCGUUUCAACAAUCAUAGGUUACUAACACACAAUUACGUAAAGUCACUUUUCAACACGCAAUCAAUAAACAAAGAAUCGGCUACACAGAUUAGAAAGCUGAUUGACUCUGUGUUACGUUCCCUUCGUGCCCUGAAGACCCUAGGAGAACCUACGGACUCCUGGGACACGUUAGUCAUCUAUUUAAUAGUCACAAAAUUAGACGCGGCUACGGAACGCGAGUGGGAAGAACACAAGGGCUCAGUCAACUCUAAUCGGCAGGAUUCUACCUCUCGUAUUAAGCUAACUGAUUUGAUUACUUUUUUACAAAACCGUGCAGAUAUGUUGGAAUCUAUUGCGGCAAAUCAUUCCAAAAAUACGCACUCAAAUUCGCAUGACAACAAAAAGUCAUCAAAUCAGUCGCAAUUUCACAAUUUUUGGGAGCUCGAGGAGGUGCCUAAGAUAGGAGACGGACUGACUGACGACGAACGCGCCUGUGAACAGCUGUUCGCUUCGACUACGCAACGCGAUAAAGAUGGUCGUUUUUUAGUACGUUUACCCCUAAAGGAAUCAGCUGAUGCGCUCGGCGAUACCUACGAUGUAGCUAGGAGUAGGUUCUUAUCAUUAGAACGCAAACUCGAGCGGCUCCCGGACUACAAAAAGAUGUACUGCGAUUUUAUGCAUACGUCGCGUGCGCAGACGUGGCAAAAAUGUACAGGCAAGUCCUUAUUCAAUCCGACCAACGAAACCUUCAACUAA